AGGGCGGCAGGAGCGGACUACCGCUGCUGAUGAUCCUGGGCAACAGCUUUCGGACGUAUCAGGAGAGGUGGGAGAUGCGCGGAGGCGGAGACGCGGGCGGCAGGGGUGGAGGAGCAGCAGGAGCUGGUGGCGGCCCGCAGGCUGGGGAGAGCGGCGGCAGCAAGCGCCCCGUGCGACCUAACCGAGUGAUUGCAUGCUGCGAGGAGGGUGAGGUUGGGUGACUGCUACAUACCUGCCUGCCAUUACUCAUGCUCCCUUUGCUUGCCGUACAUCCCAUGCUUGCCGUACAUCCCAUGCUUGCCGUACAUCCCAUGCUUGCCGUACAUCCCAUGCUUGCCGUACAUCCCAUGCUUGCCGUACAUCCCAUGCUUGCCGUACAUCCCAUGCUUGCCGUACAUCCCAUGCUUGCCGUACAUCCCAUGCUUGCCCUCGUCCAACGCCCAACCCUCUCGCCUUCUCAUACCGGUAUGUACAGCCAGACACAGCUUGUUGCUAGCAAACCGCGCCCCUCACGCAAGCUCCCUCUCAGGAUGUGAGACUUGAAUGUACGAUACCCCCCUUGCUACCGCACGCAGGUGCGGUGGUUGAGCUGCCCACACCCGACCUUCGCUUCCCCGCUCCCUCCGCUUUCAAUGACAUGGCUAUGCAUGUGUUCCCGCCCUCGGAGGGGUUGCGGAGGCUGAUGCGAGAGGGGAUGAUGUAAUAGAGGAAGAAGGUGGCGUUUUGCGGACGCUUAAUUGGCUGGAUGGAAGACGGGUGCUAGUGUUCUGCGCGAAGAUGGUCGGAGAGGUCCUGGGAAUGGAUGGAUGUGUCGGUGUCUGUGGAUGGUCUUGGCGCUGGAAGGCGUGUCUGCAUGCGCGGAUGAUUGUAAUAGGUGCCAUACUGAGCGUAGUUAAACACCACAGUUAUCUUCACACUUGUACACAUCGACUUCACGACUUGCAUGCCUGCAAGCAGGCCAGGCGCUUUAACGCACUGGUGAAUGUCUGCGCAUCUUAAGCCUGUGAGGACAAGCUCAGUGCUACAGCAUCUAGUAGCCGGCGCUCAAGGAAAGCAGGACACCUAUGCUGAAGAUGAUGACCAUCGGCUUGCUUAAGGAUGAAGUAAACUCGUACCUGCAUGAUUUCGCACUUGCCAGCGUGUUCAGUCGCCAGGCCACGGAGGACUGGACGAGCAACGCGUGUGACGAAGUUAUGACUACUUAACAGCUCACGCUACGACAACCUCAUUAUAGGACGCAUCGAGCCCGCGGACGGAACGAAGGGGCUCAGGUCUCAUAUGUUAACCUCCUUACGUUUGCGCUGGCACCGACAGAUUCGGGACGUGUACGCAGUAGUUACAUUAGGAGCUAACUACCGAACUUGCUCCGUCGCCAUGAAAUUACCGUCAGAAGUCUCGGAAGAGGCUUCUCCGCAGCAUCGGCAUGCGGCAGUUUUGGACCUGCGCAGCGAUACCGUCACCAAGCCGACCCCCAAAAUGUUACAAGCCAUGAUGACCGCAGAAGUGGGCGAUGACGUCUGGGGCGACGACCCAACGGUUAACGCACUGCAGGACUGUGCGGCGCAGAUGUUUGGAUUCGAGGCGGGGCUGUUCUGUCCCUCAGGCACCAUGACCAACCAGAUCGCGAUCAAGGCGAGUAUAGAUGGCAGCGAAAGGCUCGUGGGGACAGAGUACAAGUUGUCUCCGAGGAAGAACGCGAGAGGGAGAAGGGUUCACACGCAACCCGGCGACGAGCUGGUGUGUGCGGACAACUCCCACAUCUACCUGUUCGAGGGGGGAGGCAUCGCCUUCAACUCGGCCGUCCAGCCCAAGCUGCUUCCCAGCGACCGAGGACGCAUCAGCGCUGCGCAGAUCGCACAAGCCAUUAACGUGGAGGACUCGCACCACCCGCCCACCCGGCUGGUGUGUCUGGAGAACACCGCCAACAAGGGCGGGGGGUCGUACUACAGCUUGGAGCAGGUCAAGGAGAUCUCCGAUCUGUGCAAGGCCCGUGGGUUGCGGCUGCAUCUGGAUGGGGCGCGGGUUUUCAACGCCUGCAUUGCCGGGGGCUACUCGCCCUCCCAGCUGGGACCCCUGUUCGACUCGGUGUCGGUGUGCCUGUCCAAGGGGCUGGGCUGUCCGGUGGGGUCGCUGCUGCUGGGGAGCAGGGACUUCAUCCGCCGGGCACACAGGAUUCGUAAGAUCCUGGGUGGCGGCAUGCGGCAGGCGGGUUUCCUGGCGGGAGCGGGGCUGUACGCGCUGAGGAACAACGUGGAACGGCUGCAAGAGGAUCACGUACGAGCCCGGCGGUUAGGAUCCGUACUGCAGGAUCUGCCGUACGUGGGCAGCCUUGCACCCGUGGACACCAACAUCGUCAUCUUCACAGUGGCGCCUGGGUGGGAUGCCAAGGAGCUCCAGGAGCGGCUGCACCGGCACCACGGCGUGCGGAUCUCCUCCAUGGGACCCGGAGUGCUGCGGCUGGUGACUCACCUGCACGUGGACGAUGAAGCCGUGGAGGCGGUGUGUACGGCACUGAGGAAGGUUGCGGAGGAGGGACCCGUGGGUCACUCGGUGCAGGCCGGGGCAGCAGGGGCAGCCGUGCAGCAGGGGUAUGGCGGUGGUG